UAAGUUUUUAUUUGAGUGGAUAAAUUUCAAGUUUACUAAAAGAAAAUGGCUACUUUCAUGUAUUGACUCAAAAAUUAAUCUAUCUUCUAUAAAAAUAAAUUAAUAUCUCUAUAUUAUUUUAAAAGAAUUUUUUAUCUUUUUCUGAAAAUUAGACUGAGCUAUUUAAUACUCCCUCCGUCCAUGAAAGAACUUCCUAGGAGGGAGUGGCACGGGUUUUAAGAAAAAAUAUUGUUGAGUGUAUUGAGAGUGGAUAAAAGGUAGUUGAGUGUAUUGAGAGUGCUGAAAAUGUGUUAUAAUUAAUAUUGGGAGUUGUGAAAAGUGAAAAGUAAGAGAAUUAUAAGUGGUGGGGUAUAGUCCAAAAAUAGGUAGGAAGUUCUUUUGUGAACGUUCCGAAAAGAAAAGAUAUGAAGUUCUUUCGUGGACGGAGGGACUAUAUAGGACAAAAUUUUGGGGUUGCACUGAGCUAGAGCUCAGAGUACAACCCCAAUAAAGAUCCACCACUGGAUAUAAUGGAGCCCAGUGCAACCGCAAUGAAGAUCCCGGCCCCACUGGACAUAAUGGACCAGUUGUAUGGAGUUGGACCUUGUGCAUAUCUAUUUUCCGACCCCAUCCAAUUAAGGAGUAUAAAUUUCUUCGAAAUAUUUAUCAACUAUCUGCCGCCUUUGAAGCUUUCUCAUUAAUAUUGCUCAACCCGUCCACUUCAAUUCAUCUCCAAAUCAACAUCUCUCUCUUGUGCGUAAUGCAAAUGUUGAUGAUUCAAUAAAGUAAUCACAACUUGCAUUUACAAAAAUUCUCUGAUUUCUUUGAAAUACACUUACAAAAAGCUUGUACUAACAAAAUCCUACUAUUAUAUUUAUACAUCCAAGAAAAAAAAAAAAAAGGUAUGGAGGAAGAAAACCAUCUAAAUCCAUCACCAAAAAAUCAUCAAAAAAUCCAUGAAUUUGCGAGGAAUAAACAAGAAGGCGGAAGCAAAACCGUAGUUUAUAUUCUACUCGCCGUGGUUCUACUAAGCAUCGCCUUCCUAAUAUUCGGCCUCGUCGUGCUCCGAAUCAAGGCUCUCACUCUCCGCCUAUCAAACGUCGUCGUAAGGGACCUGCGCCACACAUCUUCGUCGCUGAACAUGACCAUGAUCGCCGAUAUCACCCUCCACAACAUGAAUUUCGGCCGCUUCCAGUUCCGCGGCGGAAGCGCUGCUUUGUUGUACUGCAACGCCACGUUUGGGGCGGCGAGCAUCUCCGCCGGCGGAGUUGGCGGCCGAGGGCGGAGACGGAUCAGCGCGACGGUGGAGAUGAUCAUCGGCGGGCCGCCACCGGUGAAUUAUAUGAAUAUUAGCAGAGAUAUUGAAUCGAAUUUGGUGAGGCUGAUGAGUGUGGCGGAAUUGCGAGGUGAAAUACGUGUGAUGAAGAUCGUGAAUAGGAUUAGAACUGCUUCGAUGAAUUGUAGCAUGGAUUUGAAUCUCUCGGGCCAACAAGUCCAGGGGUUAUCAUGUCAGUGAAGAACAAUUAAUUUCUCAAUCGAUAAAUAUAUAUCUCAUAGUUUUUAUUUUAUUUAUUUAUUUCAUUAAUUACAUGUAAUUGUGUUCAAUUAGAUCUUGCUAGCUUUUGUUAUUUGA